CGCGUGGCCCGCCUCGCUCGGCUGCUCAUUGGCUGGCAGCUCGGAGUUAGCUGCCGCGGUGCCCGAGCAGCAGGCGACUGGCUGGGCGCUCGGUUUGCAGGGUAGCGGGAGCGGUGCAUGGAAGCGCGCGCGCGGGGCUUCAGACCCUUCCCAGAGGGCUGCGGUUCUUCGGGCCCGUCUUAGGUUCCGCGCCUGCCGGGGAGCCGCAGGGAGACCAUGGCCGCUGUCGGCUUCAAGGCUGCGGGCAGCGGCUUGUGGAAGGGCAACGGAGCUGGCUUGCAGCUGGCCGCCGCCGUCUUCUGCCAGAGCUGCAGCUCCGCCGCCAGCAGCGGCCCUGGCGAGGGCAGGCGGGCGGGCUGGGGCCAGCAAAGGGCUCAGCACCAGUCUGCGGGGCAAUUCCCACCCCCGGCAGCCCCAGGCAGAGCCCGGAGAGCCGGGGAGCCCAGCCCGGCCGCAGCCGGCCCCCUGAGCAGCCAGCCCAGCCCUGCUGAGGGCGCCGACACUAAGUCCUACCUAUGGGCCAGAUACCACGAGAUGAAAAAGCUGGUGUAUGAUCUUCUUCCACCAGGAGUCUGCAAUCUCCUUAACCCUGCAGCUAUCUACGCAAAUAAUGAGAUCAGCUUGAGAGAUGUUGAGAUCUAUGGCUUUGAUUAUGAUUAUACAUUAGCACAGUACUCUAAUUUAUUGCACUCUAUGAUAUUCAACACUGCCAGAGACAUACUAAUUGAACAGUACAAGUAUCCAGAAGGACUCAAGAAAUAUGAUUACCUUCCAGGAUUCGCCAUCAGAGGGCUUCACUACGAUGUGCAGAAGAGUCUUCUGAUGAAGAUUGAUGCUUUCCAUUAUGUCCAGUUGGGGACUGCAUAUAGAGGGCUAAAGCCAGUGGCUGAUGAAGAGGUUAUCGAAUUGUAUGGUGGUACCCAGCACAUCCCACUGUACCAGAUGAGUGACUUCUAUGGCAAGGGUCCUUCAAUUAAACAAUUCAUGGACAUCUUCUCCCUUCCUGAAAUGACCCUGCUCUCCUCUGUCAUUGACUAUUUCAUAAAUCAUGGCAUUGAGUUUGACCAGGUUCAUCUUUACAAGGACAUAUCUGAUUCCAUUAAAGAUGUGCAUGUGAAAGGAAUGAUGUACAAAUGGAUUGAGAAGGACAUGGAGAAAUAUAUCCUUCAUGGGGAUGAAACUUAUGCUGUCCUAAACCGACUGGUUAACCUCAACAAGAAACUCUUCCUUAUUACAAACAGCCCCUUCAGCUUUGUAGAUAAAGGAAUGAAACACAUGGUUGGCAAGAAUUGGCGGGAUCUCUUUGACAUGGUCAUUGUGCAAGCUGAUAAACCCACCUUUUUCACUGAUAGACGCAAACCUUUUAGAAAAUUGGAUGACAAAGGCUCACUCCAAUGGGACAAAAUAGACAAACUAGAAAAGGGAAAGAUCUACAAACAGGGAAAUUUGUUUGAUUUUCUAAGGCUAACAGGUUGGCGUGGGUCCAAAGUUCUUUAUUUCGGUGACCAUCUGUACAGCGAUCUUGCAGACUUGAUGCUGCGUCAUGGCUGGAGGACUGGAGCCAUUGUACCAGAACUGGAACCUGAAAUCCGGAUCAUUAAUACAGAGCAGUACAUGCACUCGCUGACUUGGCAACAGGCACUCACAGGGCUGCUGGAGAGAAUGCAGAUGUAUCAAGAUGCAGAAUCAAAGCAGGUGCUGCUGGAAUGGAUGCAAGAGCGUCAGGAAAUUAGGUCCCUUACGAAGAACUUAUUCAAUCCUCAGUUCGGGAGCAUCUUCCGAACCUUCCACAACCCAACCUACUUCUCUCGGAGACUGAUCCGGUUUUCUGAUAUCUACAUGGCAUCCAUCAGCUGCUUGCUGAACUAUGAUGUGAACUUCACCUUUUUCCCCCGGCGCACCCCUCUGCAGCACGAGGCGCCCCUCUGGAUGGAUCAGCUCUGCACGGGUUGUAUGAAGACCCCCUUCCUGGAGGAGAUGGUGCACAUCCGAUGAAGGGGAAGUGUGUGAGCUGAAGUUUACAGUAAUGUAGUGUUAGAAUUGUUUGUACAAAGGGUCAGGCUGUUUGGCCGUGAAUUGCCUAUCGCUAAGGAUGAUUUUAAUGUGGGUGUGGGUUAUGUUUGGUGUUUUGUCCCUGACCAUCACUGAACCUUGCUUUCCAGCACUUCCAAAUAUCUGCCUUGCUAACAAAUUGGUGCUUAAGUUAAGUGGAAGGGAGAUAUGAUUGACUAUUAACUUGCAAAGCAUUCUCAGAGUUAGUUAGGUAGAAGUAAAACAAUCACAGCAAGCUGCAUUUCAUGACCCUCUAAAACUCCAUCUUCAGCCCCUGCCCAAAUUCUGGCCCAAAUCUUCUAAUAUGGGUAGCUGACAUUAGGUAACUGCAGUUAGGCAUCUUAGCAAGAAGUGGCCUGAUUCUCUGAAGUGCUAAGCAAACACACCUCUCUUCUCUCUCAUAAAUUUAAAGGUUUAAAGGCACCUCUGAAAGCUGAUUUUAGGCAACUUAACUUUUGAAUGUUUUGGUCUCUGAAUAUAGAGGCUUUUUUUCUUCACUUGUUAUAGAAACAGUUCAAAAGCUAAGAUCUUGACACACUGCUUAGAAGGUGCAUUUUUGCAGCCUUUGACAUUAAAAUCAUGUAUUUGCCGUGUCUUUGAGGAUUGUUUUGAAAAGCAUGGAAGUUAAAUUAUAAUGGAUUUAAAAUC